AUGCAAGGAUUUUAUAAUUAGGUUAAGUCUUUGAUGCAAACAAACCUUGAAGAACCUAAUUAUGAUGAUAAUUAUAAGUGCUUUUGUGGUUAGUAGAUCCGAUGUGAUCCUUUCGAUGAUUUGUACAAUCAUAUUUCUCACUGCAAAAAGUUUCUUAGUGAAUCGUUAUUUUACAAAGAAUUUGAAAAGCUUCGUUUGAAUAUCUUUAAAUUGCCCUAACUUUACACUUUAAAAGCUGAAUUCCUUUAUAUCAUCAAUCAAAUAGAUGAAAUUAUUAAUAAAAGUAUGGAUGAUGUAUAAUUAUAAAAUUAGAAGAAAAUAGUUAAUUAAAUUCGCCAAAGAAUUCGAAUAGAUAAUAAAAAUAGUAACUUCCAUAAUAAUCUAAUUAAAUAUAAAAAUAAGUAAAUUUAUUUGAUUGAAAUUUGAGUGCUUCAAUAAUAUACACAAAAAGUUCUUUCCUUUGAAUAGUCGUGAAUAGGUAAUAAGAUAGAAAUGCUCUGCUUGUGGAAAAAUAGAUAAUAAUGAAGAUGAGAUGGAGAUGGUUUAUAAUUUUAAAAUUUGUCAACACGCACAUUGUUUAGGUUGCAUAAGGAAAUUAAUAAAUUAAUAAUAUAUAUAAAAAUCAGGUUGUGUUUAAUGUUAGUAUUGUUAAAAGUAAUUAAGUUAAUAAGAGAUUGAAAAAUAUGUGGGUACAGAGAGAUUAUAGUAUUUAUAAAAAAAGAUAAGAACAGGUGAAUCACCUGCUUAAUAAAAAUAAUAAUGUUCAUUUUGUUAUAGAUAUUUGAAUAAUCAAGAUAUAAAGCCUGGAUAAAGAGCAGUUUGUAAAUAAUAAGAAUGUUAAGCAAAAAAUACUUAAGCAUGUUAAAAAUUAGCAAACUGCAAACAUUUUUGUAAUGGAUAUAAAGAUGAAAAAAAUUGUUUGGGUUGUCUUGGAUGCACAAAUUAAAAUUAAUCUGAAGAAUAUUGUACAAUUUGUUUUACAGAAUCUUUAUAUGAAGGUCCAUGUAUUUAAGCUGCAUGCGGACAUGUAAAAAUUAUUAAUUUAAAUUAAGAUAUUCCAUUAUUAUUGUUUAAAUAAGAAAUUAGAAAAGAAAUGGACAACUAUGUAUAUAUCAUUUGGAUUUUGUUGUUGUUCAAUAUGUAAAAGAUGGAUGGUAUAAUUAAAUUUAUAUUUAAAAAUAGGAAUUUCCAAAAGAUUCAAUUUCAUAAUUAAAAAUGAAUUAAUAUGAAGAAUUACAAUAAUUAGUUCGUAAAUAGGCUUCUUUAAGAAUGGGUAAGAUGGGAGAUAAUUAAAUAUUAAAAGUAGAAGAUGCUUUAGAAAUAUUUGCUUUUUAUUAAUGUGAUAAAUGUAAGAAACCAUACUUUGGAGGAAAGAAAGACUGUUAAUUAGAAUUAGAAGCUGAGUAGAAUAGAUAGAAUUUAUCUGAUUUAAUUUGUCCUUCAUGUUGUGGUUAAUAAAUAAAUGGAUGUAAAACUCAUGGAACUGAAUUCUUAGAGUAUAAAUGCAGAUAUUGUUGUAAUAUAGCAACUUACUUUUGUUGGUAUUAUUAAUAAAUAUAAUAUUAGGGGAACCACUCACUUCUGUUAAAUUUGUCAUACAAAAUAAUCCGGAGGGAAAUAUUUGACAUAAUUAAAGAAGGAAGAAUUACCUUAAUGUUAAGGAAAAGGAAAAUGUCCAAUUGGAGGAAAUCAUUUACCAAAUGGAUAGGAAUAAUGUUUGGGUUGUGGUAUUAUAUAAAUAUUAAUAAUUUAUCAGGACUUUGUAAUAAUUAAUGAUUUUAAAUGAGUG